AAAACACCAGAAGAAGAAAAAGACGAACACGUCAUCUAAAAAUGAUGCUUCCGUGUUUGGCUCGCAGUUUUUAAUGAAUAUACACCGGAGAAGUCCCGUUAACGACAGAUAUCUUUGUGUUCUGUGAGACAUGGAUGAUGUGGAGAUCACGGAUGUGGAUGACGGUGACUCACCGUAUCAUGUAGAGAAGAACCUGAAGAACCAGGACCUGAGCUCCGUGGGCCUCACAGCAGGUGAGCUCUUGUCCAUGUAUGGGUGGCACCUGCUGGUCGUGUCGGUGCUCGUCUACCUGCUCGUCCAACUCCUGAUAAAGAGAUUCAGACAGAGAGACCAAAGCUCAGCUCCACAAACACAGCAAGAUGUUUCGUCGGUGGUGAGGAAUCAGGAGGCUAUGGAAGCAGCCCGGAGGAGGAUGCAGGAGGAGCUGGAUGCCAAGGCAGCCAUCUUUAGAGAGAAACAGAAACAGCAAGAGGAGGAGAAGAGGAGGCAGAAGAUCGAGAUCUGGGAGAGCAUGCAGCAGGGGAAGAGCUACAAAGGAGCUCAGAGAGUCUCUGCGGCAGCUGAAGAGGCCAGCUCGUCCACCACUGUGCCGAAACCAAAGACGGACAAGAAGCCGCUCCGUGGUGCAGACUAUAACCCUCUGACUGGAGAGGGAGGCAGCUCCUGUACGUGGAGGCCGGGUCGGAGGGGGCCGUCCUCGGGAGGAUGAGGUUAAAGAGGGUCAGAUUGCUCUGACGUCUUGAUCAACACAUUGACUGAUGAACCAAGCUUCAAUAUCUGCACACACAUACAUUUUCUUUAAAUUCUGAUCAGUUAGCUUACUUUACAAUAAAAACCUAUCAAUAAGGUAAUAAUCUCUGUGUGCUGCAGCCUCGUUAACUAUCAAACAUAAUGGUGAUUAAUCGGGGUUGUGAGGGCUGAAUUUGGUUUGUGAGAUUGAAAGCUUGAAAUGAAGCUGCUCCUGUAAACGGUGUGUAACCAGGAGGAGCGGCUGAUGACGUUCACAGUCAGUGUUUCCAUUGUCUUUAUGAGUGUGUAUGUUCACAGUGUAGAGGCCGUGGACACUGCAGCAUCUGUAGCUGCUGGACACAAAAUGACUCGUCUGCAUCUGUAGUUACAAAACAUAUUGAUCAGUUAUUGUGUAACACAGCCAUGCCCAUUCUGUUUCACACAUUUGUAUGCAAUAAAAAGAUAUCUGCUA